CUUUCACUUGAUCGGGUUUCUUUGAAAUGCAAUGGAGGAAAGUGAUGCAGCGUGACUCAUGAGUAAACAUGGCCUUUCUCUGCGUCUACGUCAAUCAAGGGGUACUCAGUAGCGACAUCUCAGGCCUCAAUUCGUAUGUGGCUGUGAGGGUCGGCAACCAGUGCGUCUGCACGCAGGCGGUGCGAGGACGUGAGGCGUCGUGGGAUCGAGAAUUCGUUUUGGAGACGGGACCGUUGAGUCAGUAUGUGUCGAUUGAGUUGUGGCAGAAGAGGCUGUUCGGGCAGAACAUGUUGGGGCAGAUUCGAGUUUCUUUGCUGGAGAUUGGACAUCGUAGUAAGCACAGUGAAGGCACUUGGUAUCGUCUGUGGAAACAGUUGCCAACCGGCCAAAGACAGUCAACGAAACAUCAGCUGCAGUUGGACAUACAUUUUGAAUUGCCACCUGGUCUUACAUCAGCAGAAGCUGAACAACUGGAAGAGAAGUUGAGUCUUUUCAAUCAGAUUCUAGAAGAUGAGAUGUUAGUUCUCCGUGAGCAAGCAGAAAGAAUUCAACGAGGAGAAGGACGUCUGCCUUUGUCUCAACCCCCAGAUCCACAGAGACGUGUCACUCCAGUCUCAGUCUACAGCGGAGACUCGUUCAAUCAAGACGGCAGCCUCGUGUGCUCAUCAACACAAUCAACAAACCAUUCAGCGAAACAGAAACAAUAUGACUACAACACGAGCGGCGAUUCGUUUAACAGAGACGGCAGCCUCUUGUCGCCACCGCCGAGAAACAGUCAUUCAACGAACGAGGCUCACACGCAGGCGGAUCGACGUCGAACUCGGUCUCCGUCGUUGAAUCGAGUGCCAGCUCAGUUGCCCAAAAUGUCAUCUAUGGUACGUGUGGAGCCGUCGUUGAAUGGCACACGCAGAGACGAUGCUUCAGACGAGACGAGUGAGUGUGCAGAGUCAGUUGACGAUAUUGUUAAUUCGCUGGUUGCUGCUGGAGAGUUGUCGCAUGGAGGUAUGGAUAGCAGAGAGGGCGGUCUUGCUGCGGCUGCUGUAAAUGGUGGGAAGGAGAAGGGACGGUUGUUAGUGACGGACGAUGGCAAGGAAGCUGCUGAUGUUGUGGCUCCGAGCAGAGCUCUGAAUCUUUGGCGAAAGGCAGCUGAUAAAGCCAACGAGGUGGUGCACGGUGACAAAAUCAUCGAGGUAGUAGAGAGCCUUCCUCACCUACAGUUUUUCAUGAGAAAAGACAGCGAGUCAUCUACAAAAUUGAAACUCGCAGACGUCGUCUUGAAGGCCUCACGGCAAAGUAAGAAGUUUUUCAAGGGAAUUGAGAGCACACCGGAUAUGACAAUGAGGAAGGAGGGUCGUAUUCUGUCUCACGUCAAAUCAUUGAGAGACAUGGUGAUUCGUCAAUCAAGUCUACUAUCUGUGCGUAAAGGCCUCACACUCGGAUCAGACUUGUUAAAGAACGAAGAGCUAAAACAUCUUGUGUAUAGAAAGACACUGCAGGCUCUCAUCUAUCCAAUCUCUGAGGCUCAGCCGCAUAACUUUGUUGUGUUUACGGCAACGACUCCGGCGUAUUGUUUUGAGUGUGAAGGUUUACUGUGGGGAUUGGCGAGACAAGGACAUCGAUGUUUGGACUGUGGGGUGAGAUGUCACAAACGAUGUAUGUCACUUAUCAACGCUGAUUGUCUAAUGAGACGAGCAGCAAAGGGCAAGAAACACAAAGAUGAAGACAAACUUCAAAGAGCGAGACAAGCAAUGAUCGAAAGAAUGAAAGCUAGAGAGUACAACAAUAAGGAAGUGUUUGAACUUGUCAGGUCCAUGUUCAACAUGCCAGCAAAGAUCCACAAGUCACAGAUGAAACAAGCAAGCGACGCAAUCCUCGAUGGAAGCUCAAAAUGGUCAGCAAAGAUGACAAUAACAGUGGUAGAAGCCCAAGGACUUGCUGCAAAGGAUAAAGACACCGCGACGAGCGAUCCGUAUGUGACUAUUAAGGUUGGGGGUUUGAGGAAACGAACAAAGACGAUUUCUCGAGAGUUGAAUCCUGUCUGGAAUGAGAUGUUUGAGUUUGAAUCUCGUGACUCUUAUGAUCGCGUGAAGGUUCGAGUUUGGGACGAAGACCACGACCUCGCAUCCAAAAUAGCCGGCAAACUAAAGCGGGAACCAGACGAUUUCCUCGGCCAAGUUCUUAUCGACGUCAAGUCCCUCAGUGGUGAAAUAGACGCUUGGUACAAUCUUGAGGGAAGAACAGGAAAGUCGGCUGUUUCAGGUGCCAUUCGGCUUCGUAUUGUCGCAAUUGUUGAGGGAGAGGAAACUCAGGCGCCGUAUUUUCAUCAGUACAAGUGCCUGCACGAGAGUUUGUUUCAAUACGAGUAUCAGCAGUACAGAGAGGUUUACAUUCCUGAGGAAAGCCAAGAGACUGACACAUGGAAAGUCUUCUUCCGUGAAACAGCCCAAGAAAUCUCCAACGAGUUCGCCACACGCUUUGGAGUAGAAGACAUCUUCCGUGCCAUGACGCAUUUCUCGUGUCUCGUCAAUGUCUACAACGACUCCAAAGUGAUGGGAGUCAUGAGCAACAUCUUGGCUCAUGUCAAUCAAUACUUUCGUGACUUAGCAACAAUGUCGACUGACGUCGUGUUUCAACGUAUGUCCACGAGUGGCACCCGCCAGUCCGUGUUCGGCCUCAAUCACAGACUAAUUGCCUUGGAUUUUGGGAGGGCGGAGUUCGGGAACACGAUGGAUCAGUUUAGUAAUCGAUUGAAAAUCGAUUUGAGCAAUUACAGGGAAGCAUUUUCUUCUCACGAACCUCAGAAACUAGAAGACCUAAAGUCAUGCGUCAAUCUGGUGACAAGCAUAUGCUUCUUCAACAUCAAGGUGCUGCAGUUAAAAGGGGUGCAGAGGAGUGUGGAUGCUUUGAAGGUUUGUGUGCAGGCAUGUGCAAAACAAACCUACCAAAUGCUGAGACAAGAAGUGCUAGAGGAAGAGCAACCAUUUGAUGAAACUGCACUGGAGCCUUCCACCUCUCCCGAUACUCCAUCUCCAGUUGUCCCUUCACAAUCUGCCAGAGAACGGAUGAUCAAACCAACAAAACAGCUUGAGCGCUUGCUGCAGCUGAUGGUUACAGUUCUUGAUGAGGACAAAGGCAGCUACACUCCAUGUUUUUCACAAUUGGCCAAUUUCACGAUGUGGCAUGUUAGUGCAAUUGAAUUGUGGCAACUGCUUGAGCAAGAUUUGGGUGAAAUGUUGGACGGCAAUGUUCUAGAUGAAGGAGACUCUGGUGAAGGGAUAACAACAACAGAUGCAAUGAACUUACUGUUCAAAGUGAAGUACGUGUUCAACAACUACGUUGCUGGAAUACCGGACUAUAAGGAUACACUUCCUGAAUACCCGAGGCUUUUUCGACCGGUUGUCAUAAAAUGGUUUGUAGAGAAUGAAAAGCAGCAGGUAGAGUACGUUGUUAGUGCUUUACAGGGAGACAAGGACACUGGGUUUAAGGCGACGUCGCAGUAUCAUCGUUAUUCUCCCAGUGUUGUUGAUGUUUUUUGUUCGCUGACUGAGAUGUAUAAAAUCCUCAAGAAUCUCAACUGUCCUGACCCUGAACUACAAGAUCUAUACAUGGCUCAGUUUGCUGCAAUAAUUUCAGCUGUUCUGACUCACUACAUGGACAUUCUUAAAGACUUUUUUCCAGUCAUAUGUCAACAACCUCAAAAGGGUGCUGUAUUGCUGAACAAUGUUGUUGAGAUUAGAGAAUUACUAAAGAAACUAUACAUCAACAUGGGUGGCGAACUGCUGGGAGAUCGAGCGGUGGCAAUCUUGCACUCACUGCAGAACGAACGACUGGCCGGUGAUCUCGACCACUUCUGUGCCGUGUUUGCCAAAUGUCUUGAUGAUAGUCUGGAUGUCAGUGUGAGGACAAUGAGGGACAAGCUGUUGAAGCUAAAGGGUGUUGGUAAUACUGCCACUGAUGCAGAAACAAAUGAUGUGAUUGAAGCUGUUAUGCAGACACUCAGUGAAUGGCUUCAAGAAGUACAAGCAAUCUGUGAAGCCACAGCACUCAAGAGGCUGCUGAAAGAGCUAUGGCAGCUGCUGUUGAACAAACUCGAGAAAGUCAUUGUCCUCCCUCCCUUGCCAGAAAACCUAGACUUGAUGAAAAUGGCAACCCUAGAUCUCACCGAAAAACAGUCACAUGUCCUUGAAAACUCACUAGAAGUCUUCAAAAAUUUCUUUCAUGGUCACCAAGGCGACGGUCUGCGAAUGGCUUUCUUUCAGAAGAGUCAGGAGCUCGGACGUUUGCAUUCGGCUCUUGAUUUAUAUCGUUGCAGUUCGGACGUACUCAUCGCAACGUUCAUCAAGAACGAGAAGUCUCAAGAUCGUCUAGCCCACACUGAAUCGGUGGGAAGUCUGGUUUUACAGAUUUCCUUGUUCUUGCCAGGAAAUGGAGAAAACAGACUUACUGUGAAAUUGAUUUCUGCUGCAAAUCUAAAAUGGCCAGUGAAAGGAGUGUUUCGACCCAAGGUUGAAGUCAAUGUUCUAGGCCCCUACUUGAGUGCACAAAAACGUCGACACUCGACUAACAGCAAAAGUGGCACACUAUCUCCAAAAUUCAACGAAACAUUUCACUUCCACCUCGGCGGUAUGGCUGAACCGGAAGACUACGAGCUCCACAUGAUUGUAAAGGAUUACUGUUUUGCUCGAAACGAUCGCGUUGUGGGCUUGGCGGUCUUUCCAAUUCGUGAAGUUAUCGAGCUGGGAUCUCGCUUUCUUCGCCUUCCUUUAGGUCGUGGCAUUUUCAUAUCGGAAAUGGGACGUGCAAUCUUGGGUGUUUUAUACGGCCGAUCGCAAGACGAGGUGGUGAGAGAAUUUGUACUCAUAAAAUCGAUGAGACGAGAGAAUGAACUCGAGGUGUGAUUGUGGAUGGAAUGUGAGGGUUUCUUUAGCAGUUGAGGGACUCGGUUUGUAUAUGAUUCGAUGGUUAUAUGAUAAGAUGAGACACGAAGAGACGCAUAUGGCUUAGUAUCGUAGUAUGAACAGUAUUGAAGUAACUUAUACCUGUGACGUCAUUGUUACUAUGACGACAGGGUGGACACUCGUAAAGCAUUAGAGUUGUGGAUUUAGUCAGUUGGGUGAGUAGUCAUUCAUCAGCUAUGGCCCAAUACAAUAAUAAACAGUUUGGUACGAGGCUAA